AUGACGUUGAGUGAGUUUAAGCCCCCGAACUCCUCGACCCCAGAGGUCGACUCAAACUCCGACCUCCUCCUGAUGGACAUGACGGAGGACGACCGACAGCUGGAGGUACUCACCGGAGCGUCGAGUAAUGGAGGGGCACCCCCGAAGCCGGUAGCACCCCCAGAUCAUCAAAACCCGGCACCCGCAGCGUCCACAGGAGCCACCAGGAGACCCAGGACCUUGGUGGACUCCCCGACCGCCACGUCAGGAUCCUCAGGUGAGAGGCCCGCCCCCAGGGUAGUACCGCCUCUCUGGCCCUCACCUAACCAUCCGCUUUCCACCUCCUGGGCCGAUCAAGUAGAAGAGAUGAGGUGGCGAGAGGUUCGAGCGACACACCGGAAGGAGAGUCAGGCGACCCGACCAGAUCGCCCUCACCCCCUAUACCCUCUAUACUCCUCACCCUUAGAUGACUGGGAUAACGAGGAGACACCCAGCACAGAAGCCCCAGGGAAGAGGAAAAGACCCACAAGGAGGGGAGGCAGGCAGAAGCGGAUCGAGGCAGCCAUCGCACGCCAAGCCGCAGCCGCCGCAUCCUCAGCGGCCGGUGCACCAACUGGGCAUAGUGCUCCUACCCUACAGCCAGCACCCCCAAAGGUACCACCCCCUCAGGUAGUGCAACCGCCCCCAAAAAUCCCAGCAGGACCUCUACCACCCAUGCCUGAACCUCAGUGGGACAUGCAUUGUGCAGCCCUGAGUAAAGGAAGAGGCAGGGGAAGGCUGCGGUACAGACACAUGGCACACACCAACGGCAGUCCCUCGCCCCUCGGAGGCGAAUGGAGAAUAGUCCCUGCUCCCCAGUCCAAGGACCCUCAGCGUACCUCACGGAGGGCGAAACCCGAGAGACCUCGCCAGGAACCCUCUCAGGCUCGUCGAUCCCCACGUCGACGAUCCCCCGAGAGACCGACCCAGAGAACUCGGCCGACAUCUCCACGACCUCGUCGAGAUUUUUCGCCAAGGCGAAAGCAUUCCCCGUCGAGGCGACGAUCCCCCAGGCAAAGACGCUCCUCUGACCACUCACGUGAGUCAGAGCAGAAGCGCUCACCAAAUCCCUCCGCCGAGGCUAUGCUGAGCCUCGUGAAAGCCCUCACUCAGCAGCUGACAGAGAGUUACAUGAGGGAGGACCGAUCAUCCAGUCCACCAAGGAGACGACGUUCACCCCCUUGA